UGCUUCUCUCCUUCGGUGUCACCUCUCCUCAGCGCUGUCACCCCAGCUCGCACCUCCACGGGCCGCCACCCCGGGCAAAGGCGACCGUGGGGUGGCGGCCCGGCCGCGGAGGAGGAGGAGGAGGAGGCGGAGAGGCCCGGCGCGGCAGGAGGCGGGUUUCCCCGCCGUACCUGGGUGCAGCGCCGAGCACCGAGGCACAGCACCGAGCACCGAAAGCCGGCCGGCCCGGAGCAUGGCGCGGGAGCUGAGCCAGGAGGCUGUGCUGGACUUCCUCUGGGCGGCCGGGGGGCGAGCCCCCAACACGGCGCUGCUCCGCCACUUCCAGCGGUUCCUGCGCGACCCGGCGCUGACGGAGCAGCAGCGGCGGGAGCGCCGCGAGUACUUCAAGAGCCUCGUCAACUCCCUGGCCACCGUCCACCCCGCCGCCGCCCCCGGCGCCUCCAAGGACAUCGUCCUCCGCCGCAGGUACCGCGACCUCCUCGAUGAGGAGCUGCCGCCGCCGGAGGAACAGCGGGAGCAGGAGGAGGAGGAAAACACCGAGCCGCAGCCGCCGCCGCCCCGACGCGACCCCGACGGGCGGCGCGGCCCCCGCGGGGAGGCGGCGGAGCAGGGGCGGCCCGGCGGGGCGGGGGGCUGCGCCGCCCGGGGCCGCGGCGGGCCGUGCUGCGAGUGCCGCCGGGCGCGCCGCGCUGCCGCCGCCGCCGCCGUCCCCGCGCCGGGCCCCGGGACACCGCCCGCCCCCCGGCAGCCCCGCUCCCGCUCCCCGCCGCCCCCGCCGCAGCCGCCCCCGUACCGGAGCCAGCCACCCCCGUACCGGAGCCAGCCGCUGUCCUCGGGCCCCUGGGCGCUUCGCCCCGGCGGCACAGCGCGCCCCCGGCCCCCGGCGCUGCCGUCGGGUCCUGGGGCGCUGUCCCCCGCGGUGCCGCCGCGGUCCCGAUCGCCGCCGCUGCCUGCCGCCGGGCUGCCCUCUGCCACGGCGUCCCGGUCGCGGACGCCACCGCUGCCACCGGGCCCGGAGAUGCCGCCUCCCUACAGCUCGCCUCAGCCCCGAUCUCCGCCGCAGCCCGCGACCGGGACGCCCUUGCUGAAGGCGCCACGGCCCGCAGCGAGCCCGGAGAGGCGAACCCCGACCGGAGCCGUCCCGUCCCCGCUGCUGUCAUCGGGCUCCAGGGCGCUGUCCCCGCGCGACCUGCCCCCUUCCCGAUCCUUGCCGUUGCUGUCCGCCCCGGAGGUGCUGCCCCUGUCCCGCUCCCUGCAGGCACUCCCUGCCGGCCCCUCCUCAUCGCCACUGCUGUUGUCAGGCCCCGAGGCGCUCGCUUCCACCAGGCUGCUCCCAUCGCAGUCCAGGUCCCUGCAGCAGCUCCCCACCAGGCCAUCCCCAGACCUGCCGAGGGGAUCCGGGGGGCUAACCCCCAAGGCACCGACCCAACCUCAAGUCCUGCGACCGCAUCCGUGUCAAAGCCUGACACUGCCGUCAGAUCCUGGGAUCCUGCCCCCCACCAGGUCCCCCCCACCCCGAUCCCCGCCACAGUCCGCCACUCUCCCUUCCCCAUCCCGCUCCCUGCAGCCACCCCUUGCCAGGUCACCCCCAUCCCCGUCCUUGCGGCCGGCACAGGGCCCCGCAGCGCCCCAAGCCGCAGAGAGCCAGCCCCCAGCACCGCUGCCCGUUUUCCGGAGCAUCAGGCGCCAGCUCGCUUUGUCGGAGGCGCAGGGCACCCCCCGUUCAGCGCACGACGACUGUGGGCGGCAGCCCCGCUCCGUGCUCGCCAAGAGCUCCCCUCGGAACGCCGCAAGCCGGGGGGCCCUGGUGCCGCUGGGACAGCGGGAGCACGCCUGGCUGGUGGCAAUGUCAGCGGGCUGCUGGGCUCAGGUGCGGGAGCUCUUUCUGGAAGAGCCCGAGCUGGCCCUGCAGAGGGACUUCAUAUCAGGCUUCACGGUCCUUCACUGGCUGGCCAAGCACGGCGACGGGCCGGGCCUGCGGGAGCUGGCGGCGGCGGCGCGGCAGCUCGGGCUGGCCCUGGACGUGGACGCCCGCUCGGGCUGCGGGUACACGCCGCUGCACCUGGCUGCCAUUCACGGCCACCAGCUCGUCAUCAAGGUGCUGGUGCUGCAGCUGGGCUGCCAGGUGCAGGUGCGGGACGGCAGCGGGCGCCGGCCGUGGGAAUACCUGGGCAGCUCCACCUCGGGGGAGAUCUGGCAGCUCCUGGAGGCACCCCGCGGCACAAUCAUGUUCCCCACGCAGCCCCUGGCCCGCAGCGUGUCCUCUGUCGGCAAGGUCUCGCCGUCCACCGGCAGGGCAGCGCUGCCUGCCUGCCUCAGGGUGCAGCUCGGCCGUGGGGCAGCGUCCCACCAAUCCGGCAGCGACAGCGACUGAGACAGCUCCCGGCACCCCCUGCCAGUGGAGAUGGGACCUUGGCGGCCACCCCGAGAGAGGAAGCCACGCAGUCAGAAGAAAAGCCGUGAGACAGACAGACUGAACCUAUUGAAGAAUGUACCUUUAAAUUAUUCCAAUGAACUGUUGUCUGAGCCUCUCUGCCCUCCCUCCCAAUUUUUGCUUUCUCAUCUGAAAGGAUGCAGUAACUCUGCUGGAAGCGGGAAGAACCCUCGGGAGGCAAGUCCUCUGCAGCCCACAGGGCCAGGACCAGCUGCUGGCUGCAGCCAGCAUCAGUGGGACCAUGGCUUUGGGGUGAGGCUCAAGUCUGGCCCCAAUCAGGGUGGUAGAGCACUUGCUUUUGCUGACCGUGACAGAUUGUUGCUGGUCCUGGGGUUUGCAAAACACUUGUUUACACCACCUAAAUUCUGGGGAGUCGUAAAACGACAUCCCUUUUUAAUCCCAGCAGAUUAAGGAUGAGUCCCUCUUUUAAAAAUGCAGCUGAUCAAGAUCCAGCCUUCCUGUGAGUAGGGAAGGGCGUUUCCCAGGCCACCUUGCCCACCAUUCCAUGCCGAAAGGAAUGCAGGGCAGCACCACAGCCCGGCUGCCCUACACAGCUGCCUGGGGCUGCCCAGCAGUAUCCCUGCUGCUCCCUCAUUCCUGCACCUCCAGUUGCUCUCCUCACACCGCAGGAUUAGGAAGUGGUACCCGUGUUGUGGCUAGAGCCCUGUUCCCACGCCCCGGGACAGAAAGCAUUCCGGUAGGAUUGUGUGUUGGGCAGAAAAGGAGCUGUGCUGUAGCAUGGGUCCCAGCCUUGCAGAGGGAAAGCAGUUUCAUAACCAGAGCUGACACCAGCCCUAAAUUGCCUGUAAGGUGUUUAUGUGAUGGGAGCAGGUGGGACUGGGGACUGGGGGGCCAAGUGCAGUCAAAAGAUGUCCAGUGGAGUAAUUCCUCAGAGUUUACAAAAAACAAACUGUCUUUAGGAAUCUCACUGGAUUGGGUGGGUCCUAUCAUGUACUCUGCUCUCUGAUUUAGCAUAACCGAGCUUCUAAAGAGCCAAAAAUUGCAACAAGUUCAUCUUGCACCUAAUCAGUCCCUCCUGGAGAUCCUCUAUGGAGGCGGGAAGAGAGCUGAGAUCCGUGAGACAGGGAUGCAGUGCUGCCAGGCUGCUGCUGCUGCUGCUGGGUGAGCUCGGGUGCAGGAGCAGUGAAGCUGGGACUGCUGGCUCGGCCUCGGUGGGAGGCUUUGGGGCACAGCAGAGCAGUGGGUGGGAGCGUGCGUGCAUUUGAGGCAUGUGUGUGAAUGAAUGCCUGCAGUUUCGGGGAGGAACAGGAACGAGGGCAGCAGAACCUGACCCUUGCAUAACACGCGUGCCAGGGAAUGCCUCGAGUCCUUGCUCAAGCACUAAUUGAGGUCUCCGCUUUGCUUGGGGUUUAUUUGAGGGAGGAACUUCUUCCCGCACAAGGGAAGCUUCUCUGCCUGACUCUCGGGCCACAGAAGGUUGAGGCCUUUUCCCAGCCUGUUUUUCUCCUUUUACAGGGAAAGAGGUCAGUAAACCAAAGCAGUGUCCUCUCAAUGAUCAUUCCUCCCUGAGAUGAAACACCAUCUUGAACUCAUAAGAAAUUCAGCUGUGAGGUGGCCUCUGAGCCACCGGCAGGAGAACGUGGAGGGCGCUGCAGGAACCCUCCCAGAGCAGGAGGAAUCCUGCGUAUCCCCCUUCCUCUUCAGUCCAGCUGGGGUUUAUAGUCUGGGUCACACCAACACACAAAGUGGCUGCUGCCUGCUAAAGCAAGGAAGCCCUUUCCACCACGUUUAGAGCCAUUGUCAGAAAGGAUAGAAGGAACCCCAAGUGAAAGAAGUUUGUGAGCUGACUAAAACUGGGGCGGGUGCCGUGUUUUUUUCUCCAAAGACAGCUUCCAAAGAACAAGGUUUUCCCCUUUGUAUCUUCCAUGCUGCUACCUUGGGAUUCUCAUCUUACAGCCUUUCCCUGACCUUUCUCCGUGACGCAAACCAAAGUGGCGCUUUUUUUUCCCUGCACACUGUUUCAGCCCUCACCUGUCACCUUUUUCAGAGCCCUUUUCUCUCCCUAGCAGUGUUGCCAGACUGCUGAACUAAAUAAGUUGCGACCUGAUUUUGUGAUCACUGUUUGCUUGCCUGUUGAGAUGACACAGAUAAGCUGGUUUCUCCAAUUUUUGAGUAACAGAGCAACUGUUAGGAAGCUCAAAACUUUCCAUCCUGGAUUCGGUGUGCAUUCACUCUGGUUUAUCACCUGAGUGGUAUCAGGACUGCUAACACUGAUAAUACUGCACAGCUCCUACACCACCCAGUUAUUUGGGGGAAUAACCACUCUUUUAACUCCAAGGAAACCUCAUCCUCCCAAGUUUUCUGCUGGUGAAAUAAGCAGUGCACAGGGUGAAUCCCAUCGCUAUCCCAUGGUGGGAGGCAGGGUUCCCUCAGCCACGCCUGGAGGAAUCACACAAUUGCCCUGGUGUGUCACAGAUCCAGUCAGCCAGGAGUAAGCACCACUGGAUACACACACAGGCAGCCUGAGCAUCUCCAUUUCCAGGUUCUCCUGAUCUCCUUGCUACUUACUUGUCAGCCUGCCUGGCCCCUUCCACACCUGUGCACGCUGCUGUUUCCUCAUUGCAGCUGGACGUGGCUCCUUGCCUCACACCCAGUCCAGGCAUCUGACUUUGCACCGCCCCGAAACACAGGACACGCCGUGGGUUAAUGCACAGCAGGACUCUGCCCUCUCCUCUCAUUGCAGCUAUAACACACCUCCCACUUGGCGGAGUCCACCCCGCUUCUCCGUCGCGCUUAUCUCCGAUCAGCUGCUUUGUACUCCAAAGCCCACGUCCUGCAGAGGGGGAGGGUGCUCCCCUGCGUCGGCCUUUGCCCAGCCCGGGCUGUCAAACCUGAGCCUCAGGAAGGCCUGGCAAAGGUAACCCCUCAUCACCCGCUCCCCGCCCGCGGGGCACACCCCUUCACGCCCACUCGUGAUGGCUAAAGCAGACAGCACAGCACAGCACAGCACAGCGGGGUGUUCAGCUGGAUCCACGCCUCUGGACAAGGGCUGAAGGCUGGAGCAAUGCUGGGAGCCCAGCACAAAACAUCGCAAACCAAAGCUAAUGGCCAUAGGACCCUCCACAUCACAGCACUUUAUGAAGCAGAGACAAAUAGAACUUGAAGAAUUAAAAAAAUAAAUAGUCCAUCACACAAAAUAUAUUUUUUUCCUACUGUGACAAAUGUUAUUUUGAACUAAAUAGUUUG